AGUCAGUAGUAGAUGAAUCAUGAACACUUUUUCUCAGCUUGUCGUGAAAGUCGUGAAUUAUGUGUGCAAGUAUGAAUGUCGUUUCGAGCUCUGUGAAUGUCGAGACGUGAUCAGAUGCCCUCGUCUUCGACCUCCUCUAUCUCGACAUGCCUGAGUGCCUUCUCGGCUUGUUGUCCUCUAGUUUCUCCUGGACCCAUUUUCUCGAAUUCUGCCUCUUUCUCCAUCUCAUCGGCCACCUUUCUCGCAUCGUUAUAGCCUACCUCCUCGAGCUUAUCCGCUUCUUCCGGCUCUAGUAACCGCCUUCCUUAAC